AUGGGUCAAGCUUUCCACAAUUGUUCCAUCAAAAUUUCUGAUGCCUGGCCAGGUCUAGAGGAAAUGAAUAUCGACUAUUGCGAUGAUUUGGUGGAACUGCCUGCCGAGCUCUGUGAUCUUGUUCAUAUGAAGGUGCUUAGUAUCACCAACUGCCAUCAGCUAUCUUGCUUGCCUGAAGAGAUCGGAAAUCUGAAGAAAUUGGAUGUAUUGAGACUAAGGUCCUGUACAGAGUUGGUAAGGCUUCCGGUUUCAAUUGAAAACCUCACUAAGUUGCGCUGCCUUGACAUGUAUAAUUGUUUCGGCAUUAGGAAGUUGCCUGAAGGCAUUGGUAAGAUGAGAGGUUUAAGAAAGAUCAACAUGGGACAAUGCUCAAGAUUGGAGGAGUUGCCUCUAUCAGUGUGGGAUCUUGACGAGCAGUUAGAGGAAGUGAUUUGUGAUGAAGAGAAGAAACCUUUCUGGGAUUCCUUCUUAGCCAGAGACAAAAUCAAGGUGACAAAAGAAAAAUCCAGUCUGAAUUGGCUCGAAAAGCCUCAGUUAUGA